AUGUCUGCACCUCUUAGUUCCGAGGACGAGCAGCGGUACACGGAGAUCAUCGAUGGCAUACUUGCCACGGCAAACCUGGAGACAAUCUCGCGCAAGAAGAUUCGAGAAGGCUUGGAAUCUGCCUUGGGCGGGAAGGAUUUGAGCGACCAGAAGACUGCGAUCAAAACCCUCAUCGAGGAACGAUUCGAUGCGAUAUCUACGAACCCCACCGACUCCUCCGCGCCAGUCCUUCCACAUGCAAAGACCGAGUCGCCAAAGCCCUCGCCAAAGCGCCAGGCCAAUGGCUAUGGCGACGACGAGGUGGACGACGAUGGCCAGGCAGAUGGCGACGAGAUCCAAGUAUCAAUACAGCCGCCCAAGAAAAAGCAGCGCAAGAGUGAGGAGACCGAAGACGCUGAUGCCAAGCUGGCUGCCAUGCUGCAGGCCCAGGAGAACCGCCUCGGACGCUCUACCCGCGGCGGGGGCCCCAAGUCCAAGCCUGUCAAGAAGAAGAAGGCGACGCCUCGGAAGAAGAGCUCCAACAAGGUUCGGCCAGAGGAUGACAGUGACAUCUCGGGUUCCGAGGCCUCAGGACCGAAACGACGCAAGGCCGGUGGUGGCUUCCAGAAGCCGUUCAAUCUGAGCGAACCUCUGACAGCGCUUCUGUCUCGGCCGCAGGUGGUUAAGAAACUGUGGGAGCACAUCAAGGGCAAUGACCUGCAAGACCCCAGGGACAAGCGGCAAAUUCUCUGCGACGAGAAAAUGCAGGCCGUAUUUAAGCAGAGCAAGGUGGACAUGUUCCAGAUGAAUCGCCUCGUAGGGGAUCACCUCUACCCGGUCGAGGAGGCUCAUUGA